AACGUAGGCGAGAGACAACUUCGCACGCUUCGGCCUGUCAUCGUCGGCAGCGUGCGAAAGUUGCGGCAUCGCUUUUCCGUAAGUUUACUCGAGUUGUUCGCGAGGAAAAGGAACGUUUCGAUAGCCCAAAAAAAGUUGGACCGCCGCAGGUAAAUAAUCGUCGAGUUUGAUGAAAAGCGCUCGACGUUCCACAAUCGUGGCUCGUCCGAGGAAACGGGAGGCGCACAUGUUACGAAUCACAGCUGUCAUUCCGGGAGAGUAAACAGAGAGAGAGAGAGAGCUCCGGUUCCCGGAUUACUGGAAACCUGACCAUGUCCGUAACCGAGGAGAGAAUACAGGAAUUAAACAAACGAUUCUUGGACUUCAUGGGGAAAAACGAGAAUGUGGAGUCGGCCACGAAAGAAAUUUACGAGGACCUCCUCGACGAGGUAUUGAUGGGUUUUGUUUUCGACGUGCAUCGCACCACGAAGACUGGCAGCUCGGAUGUUGAGGAGGGUAUACCUGACGAUGAGUCAUAUGCCAUUGUAGAUUCCCCAGGGUUGGACGUGUUUGGACAGCAUCCUGUUAAAAAAUCUCAAGAAUGCAACUGCCCGAAUUGCGACAGAGGAGUCGCGGCUUGCCGUUUCGCGACGCAUUUGGAAAAGUGCAUGGGUAUGGGACGUAACAGCUCGCGAAUCGCGUCGAGACGUAUCGCGAAUAACUCGAAGGAUCUUAGUAACUUCAGUGGUGUAAUAAGUGACGACGACGACGACGUCGAUUGGAGUUUAAACAAUGACAAACGCAAACGCAGGAAAGAUCGUAAUGGCAUUAAGAGAACGAAACAGCAGAAGAAUAAUCAGAGAAACGGGGAUAGCAUGAAUGAGCAUGUCCAUAGUAGCAAUGAGAAUUCUCCGUCGAAUUACGAGAAUAUGUCUUUGGAGGAUAAGAGGAUUCUGUUGACUCAGAUUUGUGGAGUGAUAUCGGAACACACUAAGAAGCUAUGCACAAGGUCUAUGCGUUGUCCGCAACAUACGGAGGAUCAGAGGAAAGAGAUGAGGGCAAACUUAGAAUCUGGGAAUAAUACUCAAACUGGUCAGGAUAAUCUUCAUGUGGAUGUUGAUACUUAUGAGGAAAGUGAUGGACAAAAUUUAAGAGAAGCUUUGGCUCGUUGGGAUCGAGAAGGCUCGAGCCAUUCGAGUCCAGCUGACUCUACAUCUACUACGUCUACAUCUUCGGUCAGUAGAAAACGAGAGACAAAGACAAAAGGCAAGGGCAAGGGGUCUAAACGCGACCGUGGGUCCCCCAUCUCGCAAGGCGACUAAAAUAGUGUAUUUUAUUUAUUUUUUAACCAUAUAAGCUGUCUAAUGGAAGAAGUUAUGUAAUAAUAAUGUUCCUAUGCUUGUACAAAGCUUCAAAAAUACAUUGUUCAACCCAAAAUGUGUUGAAAUGAUAUUUCCAAUGUCAUUUCUCAGCAUUGUAUGAUAAACUGAUUUAUCAGUGCACCUUCUGCAAGGUAUACAUUGCAACUGAAGAGUAAAAUAUAAAAUAAUCGCGUAAUCGUGUAAAUUACAAUUUAAUUUUUUCCGAAUAAGAUGAAAUUGUUUAUCAACUCCCCUUGAGUCAAUAUUCUGCAAUAACAAUUUACAUGAAUUUGUAACAAUAUUCCAUGUAUAAUGCGAAAGAUUAUAUCUCGCCAUCUAUGAUAAAACAUGUAAGCUUAUUGUCAAUUAGUAUGUACAUUGUUCAAU